AUGAAGGCAGUUCUCAUUGUGCUCGUUAUCGCUGGCUGUGCCCUGGCUCUGAGCUACGAGGAUGUGCUCGAGGCGGAGUGGCAGGCCUUUAAAAAGGAGCACGAUAAGUCCUAUCAGGAUGCGAGCGAGGAGCAGCUGCGCAGGAGAAUCUUCAAGGACAACAAGGAGAUGAUUGACAAACACAAUGCACGCUAUGCGGCAGGCGAGGAGACAUGGGAGAUGGGUGUCAAUGAAUUCACAGACAUGCUGCUCGAAGAGUUCCGAGCACAGAUGCUGGGAGGCCUCAACAAAACGGACGAUCCGACUGAAAUACAUCUGGUAUACAAGCCGUCUCCAAAUUUCCGAAUUCCCUCGUCGGUUGAUUGGCGUAAAAAGGGCGCCGUUACCAAGGUGAAGAAUCAAGGUCACUGCGGCUCCUGCUGGACAUUUGCCGCUGCUGGCACUCUGGAGGGUCAACACUUCCUCAAGACGGGCAAUUUGAUUGACCUAUCUGAAGAGAAUAUUUUGGACUGCGCAAGUCAAUGGCCCUAUCCCAAUCAAGGCUGCAAUGGUGGUUGGGCAUCGUCUGCGCUGGAUUAUAUAAAGAACAAUGGUGGCGUAGAUACUGAAGCAUCGUAUCCGUAUUAUGCUUAUCAGGGCAACUGUCACUUUGAUAGAAGAAGAGUAGGCGCCACUGUCAAGAAAGUUGUGCGAGUGGCAAAGGGGGACGAAAAUGCUCUGGCAGCAGCUGUUGCCGAGUAUGGACCCAUUGCUGUGAGCAUUGAAGCGACCCAUCUGGUUCAUUACAGGCGUGGAGUUUUGAACAAGCGCUGCCAAAAUGUUAUAGAUCAUGAUCUCGUCGUUGUGGGCUAUGGCCAUGAUGUGAGAGGAGGCGACUACUGGCUGCUCAAGAACUCCUGGGGCAAGGAGCGCGGUGAAAAUGGCUAUGUUCGUAUGGCACGCAAUCGUGGAAACUUGUGCUUCAUUGCCAGCCAAGCCGUCUUUCCAUUGGUUUGA